CAAUGGUAAUCCGGGUACUGUAAGACCGGCGAAAGGUUCAACCAUCAUACCGAGCCUCGGCAUCAAAUUGUUACCCAUUUGGCGACCUUGCUGGCUAAGGUUUUUGAGAAUCGCCACGAUGCCCAUUUCCAGAAAGAUAUCAUAACCAUGUCAGAGGAAGCACAUCAUUUAGUAGAACUUGCUCUAGGCACUGUCGAAGCACUCAUGGCUCCGAAGAAGCAGCCAAAGGUUAUCUUGUUCGACAUCGGAGGCGUCUGUGUCGUUUCUCCGUUCCAAGAAAUCUUAAAUUAUGAAUUAAGGAACGACAUCCCCCCAGGAUGGGUAAACCACUCGCUCUCCAAGACCGCUCCUAAUGGAGCAUGGCACAAGCUGGAGCGAGGAGAAAUCAAGUGCGACGAGGACUUCUUCGCGGGCUUCAGCCAUGACUUACGUGAUCCGCUCCGCUGGAAGGCCUUCUACACGGAGGCCAUGCAGAAACAAGGCAAGACAGUCACCGCCAUCCCGCCUUUGCCUCAGGUAGAUGCAGAAUGGCUCUUCUGGGAGAUGAUGGGUGCUUCCAGGGCGUCGGACCCAUGGAUGUGGCCAGCCCUGAAGAAGCUGAAGGCCAGCGGCAAAUAUAUCAUUGCCGCCCUGAGCAACACUAUCAUCUUUCCCGAGGGGCACGAGUACAACGAUGCGAAUGAGGUCCGCGGAAUCUUUGAUAUUUUUAUCUCGUCAGCACAUGUCGGGCUUCGCAAACCGGAUCCCGCAAUCUAUAACUUGGCGCUUAGUGCCGUCAACGAGUACGCCCAGAAGAAUGCCUCGGCACAAGGCAAGGGACUUAACUUGGGGAGUGGGAUCAAGGCAGAGGACGUUGUGUUUCUGGAUGACAUUGGAGAGAACCUCAAGGCGGCGAAGAAGGUUGGGUUUGGGACUAUCAAGGUGCACCUGGGGCAGGCAUAUGAUGCUGUUGCUGAGCUGGAGAAGUUGACUGGGCUUGACCUGGCAGGAGACCACCCGAAGGUAUCGAGUGCGCCGAAGAUGUCAAAGUCAAAGUUGUAGAUAGAAUACACACAAUUUAUGAACAAUCCAUAACUCUUACC